UGCUUCAUAAAAACAUUACAUCAUACUAAGAUAUUAUUGUUAUUAUUAUCAAGUUUGAUUUAAUCAACUAAAGUGAGCAAUGAACGAGGACGAAAGUUAAAAGAAUUUAUUUAAUUUAACUAAUAGUUACAACCUGAUGCAACCAGCUGCAACUCUCACGUUAAGAUGACAUAGAAUGGGUUGGGUGGCGCUAGGGCGGCCAGCGAGUGGCGGUGACCACUUAUCACCAAUCCUAUCGCUGUCUCUCGCCUCCCUCGUUACUUCCUUUUUACUUACAGUUCUAUGCAUCAUUACUCUCGCCUUAACACUUGGUACUGUUGUGAGUGCUGAUGAUAUCUUCGAGGAAGGAAAGUCGGAUAAAGAGAUCCUGGACAAUCUGCUUUUAUCGACGCGUUACGAUAAACGGCUUCUGCCUCCAGUUCAAGAUGCAGAUUUCUGCUGCGGAAUGCAUUGGCCUGGGGAUGCUGACGAUAUCAGUGAGACUAAUCGCACGACUGCCAGAUACCUGCUCGAGCUGUCGAAUGAUGCUUUCGAUCGGAACAGGAACGAGAAUAAAUACACGUCUCACCAACACCUUCGCACCCACCUUCGCGGAACCUUGACUGUAAACGUGAGUGUUUUAUUGCUGAGUCUUGCGUCUCCUGAUGAAUCUAGUCUGAAAUACGAGGUGGAAUUCCUUUUGCAACAACAAUGGUAUGAUCCGCGACUACGCUACAGCAAUAGAUCGCGUUAUGAAUUUCUUAAUGCGAUUCAUCAUCACAACGAUAUUUGGCUUCCGGAUACCUAUUUCAUCAUGCACGGUGAUUUUAAGGAUCCCCUUAUACCAGUUCACUUCGCUCUGCGCAUUUAUCGCAACGGCACCGUCAACUAUCUCAUGCGGCGUCACCUCAUUCUGUCCUGUCAAGGAAGACUUAACAUAUUUCCUUUUGAUGAUCCCUUGUGUUCUUUUGCGAUCGAAAGCAUAUCGUACGAACAGACUGCAAUUACGUACGUAUGGAAAAAUGAUGAAGAUACGUUACGGAAGAGUCCCAGUCUUACUACCCUAAAUGCUUAUCUUAUACAAAAUCAGACAAUCACGUGUCCAAUUAAGGCCAGUUGGAGAGGUAAUUAUAGCUGUCUGAAAGUGGACCUCAUCUUCACAAGGGAUAGAGCUUUCUACUUCACGACUGUAUUCAUCCCCGGUAUUAUACUUGUGACCAGUUCCUUCAUUACGUUUUGGUUAGAAUGGAAUGCUGUCCCAGCGAGAGUCAUGAUUGGUGUGACUACUAUGUUGAAUUUCUUCACGACCUCAAAUGGCUUUCGUUCGACACUUCCAGUUGUCUCAAAUCUCACAGCAAUGAACGUAUGGGACGGAGUGUGUAUGUGUUUCAUUUAUGCCAGCCUCCUUGAGUUUGUUUGCGUCAAUUACGUGGGCAGAAAGCGUCCUCUUCACAAUGUGGUGUAUCGCCCGGGCGAAAACCCCGUUACACAGCGACUUCCAGCGGUGCUCAACAGGAUAGGAAUUAUAUUGGCCAGCCCCUUGAAGAGAGAAGGAGGAGCUGCGACGAGCACUGGUGGUGGAGCCAACGAGAUCGUAACCUGCACAAAUUGUGGUCCAAAUCCAUGCACGCACACAGCUACCAAUGGCUGCGCGGCCGAGGUACGGAAGAAAGAGCCGCCACAUCCUAUACGAGUAGCAAAAACAAUCGACGUCAUAGCGAGAAUCACUUUUCCGGCAGCAUACUUCGUAUUUCUGACUUUUUUCUUCAUACACUAUAAAGGUGUUUCCUAGAACGAAGCCUUUCAAGCCUACGAGAAGCCUCUGCCAACAGAAUCAUAAUGUUAACAAGUAUAAAACGAUAUUGAAUUCAA